ACGCCGCGGGCGAGCCGGGAGAGCGCGAGCGCGCCGGUCGCCACCGUUCGCGCUUCAGUCAUCCUCCGGGCGCCGGUGGGGGACGACGCGCCUGUGCGACACCGCGAGUGGGCCAGACCAGACAGCAGUGGUGGGUCGCGCCCCAACACAGAAAUAGACGGGCAUCGGAGCCAGCUGCGACCAGGACGAGACGGCUCAGACCACCGGCGAUUUGGCGCCCGCCUCGUCAAGGUCAGCUCAGAUAUCAUCGCCGAUCUUCUCCGUUAGUGUGGGCCGCCUGGUGCAUCAUCUCAGUGGGACUCUCCCUCGGCCAUCGCCAGCGUCCCUCCUGCAGUCCCGCCGGCCUGCCCGCUGUCUGUAUGGCGAUGACGGAGGUGCUGAGCGGCGGCCGAGGCGGCGGCGGGGGCGGCGGCGGCGCGCUGGACCGCGUGCUGCUGGCGCCUGUCCACCUGCUGCACGCCAUCACCAGCAACGACCAGCUGCGGGCGGCGCAGGCGCUCGAGUCCGGCCUCGACUGCGACCACCGCUUCAACUACGGCGCCGCCAUCCGGCCGGCCGUCAACAUCUGCGCCGAGAAGGGGCACACCGACAUCAUGAAGCUGCUGAUUGCCCGCGGCUGCUCGGUGAAUCAGCUGGACUCGACGGGCCACAGCCCGCUCCACAGCGCCGCACUGCUUGGUCACACGGCUGCCGUACGGCUGCUGUUGAAGCACCGCGCCGCGCCCAACACGCGGAACGCACACCGGCAGACGCCGCUGCACGCCGCAGCCGACGGCAACCGACUCGACAUCACCCGCCUGCUGCUGGACGCCGGCGCCGACCCGAACGUCUCGGACGCCAGCGGGCGCACACCGCUGAUGAACGCCUGUGCGCGCGCCAACCACGACCUGGCGCUGCUACUGGUUCGCCGCGGCGCCUCGGCAGCCCCGUGCGCCAACUCGCACGACUCGGCGUUGCACUUGCUGUGCUCAAGCCCGCCGCGAGCCGGGUUCGCCUACCUGGACUCGCUGCUGCUCACUGAGCUGGUGCGCGCCGGCGGCCGGCUGGAGGGCCGCACGAAGCGCCUCUGCACGCCCCUUCACCUGGCCGUGAUGGCCGGUAACUUGGCCGCCGUGGAGGCGCUGCUCGAGCUCGGCGCCGACCCGUCGGCUGUCACCGACAUCGGCCAGAGCGCCGUACUGCUGGCGGCUCAGGGCGGCCGCGCCGAGCUGGUGCGCACGCUGCUGCGGCGCGGCGCCGACCCGACCGUCUCCGACGUGCUCGGCCGCAGUCCGCUCUCCGCCGCGUUCGGCACCCGCGGCCGUGAGCAGCUGCUGGAGCUGCUGCUGGACUUUGGUCUGCGUCCAGCCCCGGUGCUGCUGCAGCGUCCGCCAGCUCGCAGCCCCUCCGACCUCUGGCGGAGACUGGCCGAGGCGGCCCGUCAGCCGCCACCGCUCAGCGCCAUCUGCCGCCGGAGCGUGCUGGCGGAGCGGCGUGGCCCGCACCCCCCUCCCGUCUCCCUGCUGCCGCCCAGUCUGCAGCGCUACAUCGAGCUGAGGGACCGGCUUGGCACUGAGGAGUCCUCUGCGGCCACCACGGCCGUGCGCACUGUGGCUGCACAUCGACGGUGACCGCGCGAGACGGACAACGACCGAAACCUCAGCGAGACGGACCGAGACGGGCGACGGAACUGAUGUGUAGGGAACGAUGUUUUAGCCUAACGAUGACCGAAGGAGGAGGUGAAGAGGGCGAAUGGAGAGGUCUUCUCCCUUUUUGUCGGUUUUUACGUUGAAGCGUCAACAAGGAACUGAGAACUGUGGAAAACCGACGAAACUCAACUAAUUCCCGUCCUACAUCUUUUCGUCGAAGUGUUACAGUUUGAGGCUGAUACCAGCGAAGUAAAUGACGCUUCUUUUGAUAGAUGGAGGCUUUCAUUGACUGACUCGUCUGGUAUAAGGACUUUUUUUGUCCGUCAUCCCGAGCACUUAAAUUUUCACCUACUACCCUUAUUUAUGUGAUUCACCUGGGCAUCCGUUAUGCACAAAUGCGAUCUCAAUAUUGAAAAGGGUCUUUUAUAAACAGGAACGCUGAUAUGAAAGUACAGGGGAGCUAUUUUUACCUCGGUUGAGGACGAACCGCCACUUUAAAAACGUUUUCGAAGCGAAGAUCUGGUACUGCUUGAACAACAACAAAUGCGACAUAUCCUGCUUUCUGGUUGCUAAUGGAGAUAAGACAGGGACAAAUGUCAACUCUGCAAGUAAAGUGUAUGCUGUAUGUCUACGUGUAUAUGUAUGUACGUAUGUAUGCCUGAAUUUGGAUGCAUUUAUGUAAGCAUGCUGUGUGUUUGUCGGAGGGAAGGUAAAAAAGUGAUGCAUGGGUUAGAUAUUUGCUACCGCGCGCCGAUUUUCCCUCUCGAUGCCUUGGCUGGUGCCGUUCGUAUUUAUUAUUACUGUAUGUAUAUCUGGGCAUUAGUGUUGUAGCCGAACGUCAAAACUGUACCUACUUAACGAGUCUCUCCAUGGGAGCAUUGAUAUCGCCUCACUCACCACUGACCAGUCCUUUGGACUGAUAAAUGCUGGAUAAAUGUGCAAGAAAAACAGCAGAGAAGGUGGUCAGCAAGAAAACAGCGCGCUUUGAAUGUCACUAAUGCACCCGAGGAUCUCCAUGUUGGUAUUACUCUUAGUUUGUAGACUGUACCUCAUGCUAUACACGGCGAAUAAUGCACUUUUAAACAUCGUUAAACGGCGUUGUGACUUAUAGUGAUUUUGACCAGGUGUCGCUAUGCUUUCCCUGCACCCUGCACACAUUAGA